UUUUUUUACGACUUGGUUAACGUCUAUUUCUAUCUCUCUAUCUGUCUAUCUGUAAAACAGGAUAUAAAUACGGCGCACCCACCGGUCGAGCCUAUUAGGUCACACCUUGAAAUAGCGAUAUCCACGCACGAAGGCCCGCGUCCUUUUCACCAUCUACUUGAUUAGCCCUAAUCUACCAACCUCAUCCUUCGACCUUCAUUAGUCCAAUAUCCAACAUCAUACAUGUAUAUGUCCAACAUCCUUGCCGAUCGGCUUUAACGGUGUAGUCCCCAAGGCUUUUUUUCUUGUUGAAGGAGAGAAGAAGAAAGGAAAAAAGAGAGAAAAAGAAGGGCAAAUAUUCGUCGCAUACAGGUCACGGAUCUGCCUAGACGUAUCUAGCGCUGCAUCUCUCGUGGGCUUCUCUAAUAACGUCGAAAGAUGGGGAAUACGCAUACGAAAGAUGCGAGGGGUGGUUCCCGUAUGGGAGGCCAUGGCUCUCACAUGGAUCCCGGUGGGAGUUCCACCGGUGCUGGGUAUCACGGAGAUCUACCUGAUCGAUCGAGGCGUGCUAGUCGACCGGACCUAGGCAGCUUAUCGUUGCAGUUCGGCACUUCGUCGAGCUCCCGUCACCAGGAUGCUCCCUUUGAGCAUCGAGAAACAAAACAGGAGAAGGAGGCACGGCGGCUCGAGAGGGAACGAGUAGCGCGGCUCAAGGAACGCGAACGCAGUAUGAGAGAGGAACAUGUGGAUGGCGGUUAUCUGGUUACGAUGGGCAUAUAUACCGCAUCCGAGGACUUUAACAAGCCCGUGGUUCGUCAAUUACAGAUCGAAAGAAAGAUAGCGCCUUUUUGGCGUGGCUUGGACGACUUCAAGGAUAACUGGGCCGAGCAUCAAAUCAUCGCUGCCGCUCGUGGUCUCGAUAUUCCCCCUGCCGAUGAAGUUCCUGAGAAUCUUAUUCCGCAGCCCAGGUCUGUCGAGUCGCCAGCUACUUCGACGCCGAAUCUCACGGUCCCGAUGGGCCCUAGAACCCUCUCGAUCUCGUCUGACAACCCUGCGUCUAAUCCUGGCUCAACCUUGCCGUCUCCCACAUCGCCUGUUGCGCCGAGGACUAGCUCACCCUUUAAACCCCAUAAGAAGUCUUUGGCCGCAGCUCUCAAUCUGUCUCGCAGUGGGCCGCAUACGGAUAUCAUUACCCCUCGCGAGAUCAAUCUGCCUAAUGACCCGUUCGUCAACGGCCAGCCCCUCGAAGUAUUUUUAUAUAAAGAAGGAAUCGAGUGCCCUCUUUGCCUGAUGUACUAUCCGCCAUACCUGAAUCGUACCCGGUGCUGCUGCCAGAUCAUCUGUAGCGAAUGCUUCGUGCAAAUCAAGCGCCCCGACCCGCAUCUUCCCGAGCAUCACGCAGACGACGAGGGUGCCCAAGCGCCGGCCAACCCGGAGGAGCGUGAGGGCGAGCUCGUUAUGGAACCGGCCAAAUGUCCUUACUGUACUCAGACGGAAUUUGGCGUGACGUACGAACCUCCUCCUUUCCGCCGCGGCCUCACAUACGCGUUCAACCCGUCUACGUUAGGUGCUAUGAGCACGGCUAUGUCCUCUUCUAGCUCUCUCAGCUCGACCCUUUCUCCGACUCUAGCUACGCCUUCCGCCAACGCUAAUCGCCGGCGGACGCAGAGCGUGUCUGCCAACGCGCCCGGGGUCAUCACCACCGACCGCAUUCGACCCGACUGGUCUACUAAGCUAGCCGCGGCCCGAGCCCAGCAGAAACGGAGAGCAGCAGCCGCCGAUGCCCUACAUCAUGCUGCUUUCAUGAUGGGUAACCAGGAACCACGUACGAUUUUUGGCCGAUCGUCCCGAUUCAGUCGUAGGAAUACCGGGGGGCAUCGGGGUAACGAGAGCCCAAGCAACGGCUCUAACCUACAACCCAACGAUGGCGAGGUUGAUGUUCCCUCUGCCCCUGAUCCGGGUGCUCGUACUGCAUCUAGCCGGGUUGGUCCGAGCCGGGAACGGAUAGAUGCCGCGCAUCUGGAGAGUCUCAUGAUGGCUGAAGCGAUAAGGUUGAGCUUAGCAGACGAGGAAGAGCGACGGAAGAAGGCCGAGAAAGAAGCUCGAAAAGAAGCCAAGAAGCGAGAGAAGGAAGACCGAAAAGCCUCCAAAAAGAAGGGCGAUGUGUAUGGUGGUGGUAGUGGUGGUGGUGGUGGUGGUGGUGGUGCGAGCGCGAGUUCCCUUAGUCUGGGACUUGGGCGAAGGCGUGGCAAUAGCGCUGCCAGCAAUUUGCGUAUGGAAGCUAGCUUGACCGCUGCCAGCUCUACUAUCGCUGGUCAAGCUAGCGACCAACCUACAACCCCAGCUUCCGCAUCAGCGUCGGCUUCAACCCCGGCGUCGAGCAGCAAAGGGAAGGCCAUCGACCGUAGCGAUAAUGAAGAAGGCCAAAAGAACGAUACAGGUGUUGCAUCUCUACCAAUCCCCGUACCAUCACAUCCCGCACGAGGAUCGUCGCAUCUCCGCCAGAUGAGCAACGCCAGCUCUGUCAGCUCCAGCGGGCUCGAUAGUAUACCAGGCAGCUAUACUGGCAAGAACCCAGGUGGCGACUCCGAGGACCCACGGUCAAGCGGUCUUAGUUUGGCCGCUCGUAGCGAAGAGGGCGAUAGUACGAACUCGGAACCCAUGUUCAAUUUUCGGAGUCUAGCAGAGAUGGUCGGCGUCCCCAUUGACGGUGAAGCACAGUCACCUAAUAGCGAAGAUGUGAGUCCGGGUAGCAAGCCGGCUGAUGCCGAGGAGGCUCACGGUGAGCAUAUAGAACAUGCCGCAGGUCCCACCGUAGGCAACGGAUGGGGCAGUCAAGGGGAACCGCAAAAACAGGAGGCUCGCCAAGGUAAUCAAAGCCCGGCAGAAAGGAGCGAAGACGUCACCUCGCCACCGCCGCAACUCAUGGUCACACCCGACACUCCAGCGCCCGCUGAUGACGGCAGCGAGGAUUCUAAGCGACUCGGGCACGUUAACUUGGCGGAGAGAUCACCCGAAGUCACGCAAUAAACUUACCCCGUUUCUUCGCUGUUUCUUAUGUCCCCGCCACGGGACAGUCUGGUAAAAUGGAGACUUUAGGUCCAAGGUUCAUGAUAUUUGCAUUAAAGGGGGGGCAGGCACUGUUGACUUUCAUUCGUUUGGAGUUAAGGAUUGUAUACAUAGAUUACGUGGAUUCAAUGGUUAUUUACAUAAUCCCCUCGAGCGAGGUCGUUGAGCGAUGAGGCAUAUGGGGAUUAAAAAAAAAGUCUCCCUCCUUUCGACGGAAAUAGAGAUCUCCUAAGCGAAUAGGGCGUAGUAGUCUCCUAUCUCCAGCGCUGCUGUGAACAAUAAAUAGCAUCAUCAACGUAUUUGACGCCUUUGUACCUAAACCCACUAGCAGCAACGUCGAUGAGAAGAUUAAGACAGUGUCAAUGGAUUGCGCCUACAUUAAUCGAAGUCGGGUGAUUUAAGGCGUUAAUAAGUAUCGAGGUACUUCUGCGUGACUAAAUCUAUCCGGUACCAAAGGUCAU